AUAUAAAACUCAUAGAACGUAUUACGAUAUUCAUUUCUUAUUCACUAAAAUAUUUAUAAUGACAAAAUACAUUCUUAUGAUGGACUUUUUUUUAAUUGACAUCAUUUAAAAUUUGUAUGGUAAUUCAAAAGUUUUGGAAGUACUACGUCGAUCAAGAAGUUCUCUCGCUUAUCGUAAAUAUUAAUUGUUAAUAGUACGUAUAUUUUAUUUGAAAAAUUAUUCGAUAUAACUUUAAAAAUAAGACGUUAUUGAUGAUAAAAAAUUCUCGCUCUACCCUAUAUACAUACAUUGACACGAAUACACUCUUUGUCUUUGUCUCUUACGAUCUACUCGAAGAGACGGAUUAAUAGGGCUUGCCUCGGAAAUUUAUCGUGGGCGUUGUCAUCUAUUGUUAUUACUAUGUGCAUAUUCGAUUGACAGUGUGUAAAUCAUUAUAGAAUGUAUAUGUGUAUACACAUACUACAUUAUUACAACGUAAUUGCUUAUUAUCUGUUAAACAAACUUCCGUUCUCUCUCUCUCGGGUUUGAAAGAGAUCACGUGAUAAACUAAAGUUACUUCUAUAUUUCAAAAGAAUCAUACUCGUAAUGAUUUGAUUAUAAUUUUCAAAAAUACAUAAUAACUUUGUAUUAUUUAUUAUCAAAUUUACGUAAAACAUACCAAAAGAUUUAUUAUUGAUUUUAUAUCAACGUGAGAUUUAUCAUUCGGAUUUUAACUUUUUUUUUCUUUGUGUAUUUCUUUUGACUCUGUUAUUCGCGGGUUUUUUCUUUAAGUCAUAACUCGUAUGUGUUCCGUACUCUUCAUUUCGUAAUUUUACACAUUAAUUUUUACAGUGCUUUAUCGUUAUUUUAUUAUAGAAAAAAGAAAGUGUUCUAAACGUGUCAUUACAGUGCUAUGUAAGUAGUGUAAAAGUGUAGAUAAAAAUGUCAAAUAAAGAUAUUAUGUUUGCGACAAAACAAAAUCUCAAAACAACGCUAUUACAUGGACCAGCAGAAUUAAGCAAGACAUUCUUGUACGAGGCAGCCAUUUAUUGGGCAGAAGAAGGUCGUCGUGUUUUUUAUAUCACACCAAUACCUUUACAACAAAUUCCUUCCUCUUGUCACGAAAGUAACCCUUCGACAUACUUCACUUAUAAACUGAUUACGUUUGUGUAUCUAUCGGAUUAUAAAUCUUUGGUAACACAGCUAGCAGAAUUACACACGUUCGUUUCAUUACCUACUAUAGUUUUGUUAGACGACAUAGAUCAUUACAUUGAAGAUGACGCAAUAAAAAAACCAGACUAUUGUGAAGAAAAAACAAAGAUGCGUAUAGCCAGAGCAUGUAGCGUGAUCUUCGAUGCGAUAAAUUCGUGCUCACGAAUUUCUAAUACUAUUGUACACGCGUGCAUAUGGUCUUCGUCGAUUUUAAGAAAAACCGAUAUGGAUACUACUAUAUAUUUUCGUAACAUCUGGAACGUAUCGGAAGACGAAGAGAAUAAAAUAAUUUCCUUAAAAAAGAUUGACCGUGAAACGCAUCUGCCCGAAGGUUAUCCAUGCUUCGAAUAUUAUAAAUUUCAAGAUGGAUCGCGAAUUUUAAAAAAUGUUUACCGAGAAUUCCUUGCUUAAUCUAUCAAUUGGCAGCUGGUAAAAGAGAGGUAAUUGGAUCGGUGUGUCGAACGGUACGAAGAACGAGCUUAGAGGCAGGCAGGCAUGCAGGCAGGCAUGCAGGCAAGCAGACUGGCGGGCAGACAAGACAGGACAGGCCAGGGUAGGCCGGGCCAAGCAGGCAGGCAAGCAAGCAAGCAAGCAAGCAAGCAAGCAGGCAGGCAGGCAAGCAAGCAAGCAAGCAGGCAAGCAACUAACCAACCAAGCAAGCAAGCAAGCAAGCAAGUUAAGCAGGCAGGCAGGCAAGCACAGGAAAAUAGCCGUCGCUGUUGAAAGCCGGGACAGGUUACUCCGGCAGUAAGCAAGUGGCAAGUGUUAGUCGCCCGACAGCACUUGCCACGAAUAGGCAUGCGAUGGUCCCGUUAAGUACCGAUCUUACGCUUACUUGUCGUCACAUCGACUCAAAUCUCGAGCAGUGAAUCAUUUUCGAAUUUAAAAAGUGACAAAGUUUAUAUAUAGAUAAUAUAAAUAGAAAUAUUUCUUGAUGAAAAAUCGUUAAAUUUUAUUUUUCAUAUAACAUAGGAAAAAAAGAACGAGAGAAAGAGAGAGAGUGAGAGAGAGAGAGAGA